GGAAUUCAGCUGAAAGUACUGGAAGAUUCCCUCGUACAUAUGCGAGCAAUAGAUGAACUCUCCUGAAAGCACUGGAAACACCUCAUGAAUCUUUAAAUACCCAACACAUCCCCUCCUGCAAAACCAACAAGCAUCUCGACGAAUUAAGCGAGCAUCCAAUCAAUCGAUUAACCCUCAGUUUUGCAAUCUUUAAUCCAAGAACAUCGAAAAUGUCUUUGAUUCCAAGCAUCUUUGGUGGCCGUCAAAAGAACUUCUUCGAUCCAUUCUCUAUCGACGUUUGGGACCCCUUCAAGGACUUCCCAUUAUCUUCCUCUUCUUCAAGCGGGGUCUCUGCAUUGGUGAACACUCGCGUUGAUUGGAAGGAAACACCAGAAGCCCAUGUGUUCAAGGCAGACCUUCCAGGGAUCAAGAAAGAAGAAGUGAAGGUCGAAAUCGAAGAUGAAAGGGUUUUACAGAUCAGCGGAGAGAGGAACGUGGAGAAGGAGGACAAGAAUGACAAGUGGCAUCGGGUGGAGCGCAGCGGCGGCAAGUUCAUGAGGAGGUUCCGGCUGCCGGAGAAUGCGAGGACCGAUCAAAUCAAGGCCUCCAUGGAAAAUGGAGUGCUCACUGUUACUGUUCCCAAGGAGGAAGUGAGGAAGCCUGAUGUCAAAGCUGUUCAGAUCUCUGGAUGAAUUCAAUUGAAUGGUGUUUUUAACUUCAAAUCUAAUCUACAAUAAUGUGAUAUAAGUAAGAAUGCAUAGGGAAGGUCUUUGUUAGUUUUGUGGUGUUUGUAGGACGUUUGAUGUAACUUUCGAGAGAAAAAAAUAUAUAUGUUUGAUGUAAUAA